CAAUGAUGGCGUCUGCAGACCUGAGAGAUGAGCUAAACUGCUCCAUCUGCCUGAAUAUUUAUACCGAUCCAGUAACUCUAACUUGUGGACACAACUUCUGCCUGCUCUGCAUUGGGAAUGUGCUGGAUACACAGCAGGAAUCUGGAGUUUAUACCUGUCCUGAGUGCAGAGCAGAGUCACAGGAUCGUCCAGCACUGCAGAGAAACACAACUCUGAGUAACAUCACAGAUCGUUUUCGAUCUCCCCAGCAAAUGGAGGAAGAUACGGGGAUCGCCUGUACUUACUGUUUGCACAUUCUUGUACCUGCUGCUAAAACAUGUCUGCUUUGUGAAGCUUCUCUGUGUGAAACCCACCUGAAGGUCCACAGCAAGUCAGCAGAACAUGUCAUAACUGAGCCCACUACUUUCUUGGAAAACAGGAAAUGCUCAGUGCACAAAAAGGCACUGGAAUAUUAUUGCACUUUUGAUGCUACCUGUAUCUGUGUGUACUGCAACGUGAUUGGAGAUCACAAGGGGCACCAAGUGAAGAUAUUAAAUGAAGCCUCUGAAAAUAAGAACAACAACCUGAGAGACAAUUUAAAGGUACUGACGUCACAGAGGGUGGGAGCUGAGGAAAGAGUUGCAAGUCUGCAAAAGCACAGGACAGAUGUGAAAGAAAAGGCAGUUGUUGAAACGGAGAGAGUUACUGCUGUGAUCAGGGAAAUCAGGAAACAGCUACAAGCCUUAGAGAACCAAGUCCUUGGUGAGAUCUCUAACCAGGAAGAGCAGGUUUCACUUCAAGUCUCAAAUCUUACCCAGCAACUGGAAUUAAAGAUGGAGCAGCUGUCCAAGAAGAUAGCUUACACUGAGGAGCUGUUAAACAUAACUGACCCAUUGACUGUUCUACAAGAAAAGGAGUCACUCAGUGCUGGGUUUUAUGCUGUUCAGAUGGGAGGAGAAGAAGUUCUACGAGAUCUGGAUGUAGAUGUGAUCUUGAGUACAUUACAUUCUGGCUUAGCACCAAUUGUGGAGUGUGUUUCAAUUUAAGUUGUUAAAAUGCCAGAGACUAGUCAAGAUUGGCUUCUCAUUGCAUCAUGGAAACCUCAAACUAAUGAGUGGCAGCUUUUUACUAAUAAAACGCAAUGCUUCCUUGCCUUGUGAUUAAACCCUUGAGGACGGAGGCAAUUGUACACGAUCUGAUCGAACCAAAAUGUGCACAAACCCUAGAGUUGGAGCUAUAUGUCUGUUCAAUCAUAAUUUACCUGUUUCAUAUGAAGUGCACCUACACCUAUUAUAUAUAAUUUUGUUCAGGAGAAACAGGACUUUCAUUUCCAAUCAA